AUGUUUGGAACAGGCCCUUCGAAUAAUUCUUCAUCUUUGUUUGGUUCGACGACAACUGCGACUGCUACUCCAUCGACUGGUUUGUUUGGUGGCAACUCGUUGUUUGGUAAUACAGGCGCAGGUGCAGGUACAAGUAGUGCAUUGACAUUGUUUGGUGCUUCUGCUGGUGGUGCAGGUGCAGGAGGUGCCGGUGCAGUUUCGAAUACAGCACCUUCUACACUCGCAUUGUUUGGCGCCAACACAACAACAACACCACCACAAAGUACAUCGUUGACAUCAGCAAGUAGUCUCUUUGGUGGAGCUGGCCUCGGUGCUGGUGGUGGUAGUGGAUUGGGCGCAUUGACUAGCGCGAGCUCUGGUGCUGGUGCAGGUACUGGCUUGUUUGGUGGAAUGUCGACGACUACAGCUGCACCAGCUACAACAGGCUUGUUUAACACUGGUUCAUCGACUGCUCCUUUGACAACAACAGCUACAACAACACCAGGAGCUGGCUUGUUUGGUGCACAAACAGGCGGAACGUCUGCAUCAAGUCUGUUUGGAGGCACAGGUGCAACAGGCACAUCAACAACAGGUACCUCAUUGUCACUACCCAGCACAACACCAUCCUCAAGCCUCUUUGGAGGCAAUGGACUGAACGCCUUGGGAUCAGCCGCAGCAUCAACAUCAACAACAAGUGGUGGCCUAUUUGGUGGUGCUGGCACAUCUAGCUUGGGCUCUGGUUUGGGCUCAGGCUUGGGAUCAGGCUUGGGAGCAGGCACGGGAGGUCUAUCUUUGGCAUCGAACACAUCAGCUGCGACAACUUCAACUACACCCCCAAUAUCACUUGGUGGAGGUCUGCCAACUGGUGGUCUGUUUGGUAACACAGCGGCAUCAACAACAUCAACGACAGCUCCAGCUUCAGGUCUCUCGCUUGUCGGCGGCGGCCUUUUUGGCACAGGAUCGUCAUUGACUUCGAACAUAUCGGCGCCAUCAACAACCCCUACCACCUCACUCCUGGGAGGCACCACCGCCGACGCCUCUUCAACCACAGCACCAGCUACAUCGAGUCUUCUUGGUGGAGGUGGACUGUUUGGCAACACAGGCGCCUCACUCACAUCAGCAACAACACCUUCGACUGCAACUGCUGCACCAGCUACAACAGCCCCUUCUACAACAUCCGGUGGCCUCUUUGGCACAGGCUCUUCUUUGACGUCGCUCACAACACCCGCAUCAACAACUUCAGCCCUCGGCGGAGGAGGCCUGUUUGGACCAGGCGCCGGAACAGGUCUGUCGCUGGCAUCAACUGCCGCACCCGCGUCUACAUCAGCCACAAUUACAUCAAGCCUGUUGGGCACGACCGGUGGACUCUUUGGAGCCGACAAGCCAGGACAAACAUCAACCUCACUCAUUACGCCAACAACCACAGCCACCUCAACCUCAACACCCGCGACAACUGCCCCCGCCACUACUACACCAGCCACUGCCACGACAACCUCGCCAUUGACAACAUCGAUGUUGUCCAAGCCCGAAGAGGUCAUUGAAAUCAACGAGAGCAAGGUUCUGGAGCAACUCUUCAAUGAGUGGAGCUCAGAGAUCGAGACACAGACACGCGAGUUCUAUCAUCAAGCCAAACAGAUCUAUCAAUGGGACACAUCAAUCAUGGAGAACUCACAAAAGUUGAAUACACUGAUGGAAACAGUACAAUCAGUCAAUGCACAACAAAAGACACUGGAACAAGUGAUCAGUAUUAUCAAUGAUCAACAAUUGUUGUUGGAAAAGUCGUUGAACGCACUGGACGACAAGAUCAAGUCCAAUCCAAGAGAGAACGAAUCAUCAUCCGACAUUGAAAGAGAGAGAAUAUACUAUUCCACCAAGAAGAUUGAUGAGGACAUUGCUGGAAUUGAUAACAAACUUCAAACCAUCGUUAAUAAGAUUAAUCAGAACCAAUCCAAUGAGCCCAAAGACCAGAAACAACAAAUUGUAAAGAUUCUCAAUGAUCAUUUGAAUGCACUGCAAUGGUUGGACAAGGGAUCCAACAUACUCCAGGAGAAUCUGAGGGAGAUUGAGGAAUUGGAGAACGAACUAUCCAUCAGGAGAAGAUUCUAA